AUGUCUGGACUUCUCGAAACAACUCGCAACUUCUCCCUCUAUGGUAUUCCCGCUGCAUGGCUAAUCUCCCACUGCCCUCAUUUAUACGCCGCCACCGCAACAAAAUGUUUCGAUAAUCGCUUCCCCAGAGACUUCCCCCAGCGUCUCGAAGCCGAUCAAAGCAUCGACCAAGCCAAAAGAAAUCGUGUUCGCCGAGCCCACGCCGCCGGAUCCAACGGCUACGAAAACCUCGGUCUCUUUGCUGCGGCUGUUGUGGCGGGAAAUGUUGCUGGACUUUCUCAUUAUACACUCAAUGCCCUUACUGGAGGGUAUUUGAUCAGUCGCGUGGUUUAUAAUUUCAUUUAUGUCAAUAAUACGACCGAGGGAGCUGCCGCGACCAGAAGCGUGGUGUUUUUGGCUGGAAUUGGACAUAUCUUCACAUUGUUUAUUAAGAGUGGGAAUGUUUUGAGAAAUGGGGCUGCGAAUUUGUUGUAG